CCGGCGCGAAACGUGUCCGUAGUCCGUAGCAUACGUAGGUCCGCACCGACUUUUAUAUUUUCGUGUAUCGUAAAUAUAUAAUGAUAAAAUAUGAAUCCUGACCUAAUUAUAUUCUAUAUCGGUUUUUUAGCUACUUUAUUGUGUGUGUAAUAUAGUUACUAUGCCAAACAAUCUACAAAAAUACAAGAUGCGUAAAGACGUUUAAUUCAGUGCCGAAUUUACUAUAGAGCGCUUGUAAAAAUGGGCUCUAUCGUGUUAAAAAGUUUAUCCAUCCUUUUAGGGAUAUUCUUUAUAUUCGUUGGUAUAACGAAAUUGACACCAUUUAUUUCUAAGGAAUUACACAAAGAUUUGCGAAAAGAAUACGUCAGGUACGCUAAAGUUUUCCCGCUAUCGGAGACUUUAGAUUUCAAGUUACCAUCAAAAUGGUACAGAAGAACCGUAGGAGGACUAGAAAUAUUAUUUGGCUUAGCACUGGCAAUUAUACCAAGUCAUAAGGUGAAAAAUGCGGCGAAUAUAGGCCUAGUGCUGCUAAUGAUUUUAGCCGCGUACUCACAUGUCAUGGUGGGUGAUCCGUUCGAUCGGUGUGCGCCAGCAUUGGUGUUCUUCUUCAUGCUUAGUGGGAGACUUGUUGUUUGGUACCAAACAAGUCGUCGGGAAGAACUAGAGAAGACGGCAGCUACACAGAAUGGAAACGGCCUCAAACGAGAAUAAGCAAUAAUAGUGAUUAAGACUCACAGACAUAGAUAAACUUUUCUUUUGGAAUAUGUUUCUCUGAAAUAUGUCCGAAUUUAAUGUAUUACGUUAGCAUACAAGUAUUUGGAAGGUAAAUUUCAAACUUAGGGUAUAGAUUUUUUUACCAAAAUGUUUCAUAUUAAAUAUGUAGACUACUUUAGUAGUCUAGAUAUGAUUGCACAUAUAUUUCAGUGAACGAAUGUUCAAAAUAAAUUAUUUGAUCCAUAAAUAAUGUUAUUCAAUAUCGAUUAAACGCCUGUUUUAAUAAGUAUACAGUACUUUUAUAAAUUCAUACAAUUUUAUAAUUAUAGAAUCUAGGCACAUAUGUAUAUAAAAACGUACACUUCUAUCGAUAGAAUUACACUAUUUGUAACGAUUUUAUAUUAAAAAAUAACACAUUACUGUGAUUUUACUAGUCAGCUUAUAAAUCAACACUUAUUUAUUUUACAUUAGACGGCUUGUAUGUUAUAUGUUUGAAAAUCGAUUUAGGCGCGUAACAUCUGGUUCUAAUCUAUAAUUAGAAUAGCUAUGAACCAAAUAAAAUACCGAUUUAGAGUAUAUGCCGUGUGUACGCGCCUCGUGAGAACGCGGAACUUACCUAAAGUGAUAUUAAUUUAAGCGACACGUGCUAGGUUCAUUUUGUAUGUGGUGUGUAAUGUGCAUAAUUGUAAGUCCAUGAUUAACUGUCAUUGUAUAUUGGUAGGUUUAGAUUCUUUAGGGGUAUAAACUUAUAUAUAAGCACUUUCAAAUAUAUUGAAUAUCUUUUGUAGCACUAUAUUUGACAGUACAAUAUACCCCUUAUGCACAAAUUAGAUAAAAAUGCAUUGUAAAAUUGUGGUGAAUAUUAUUUGCUCAAAAUUACGUAUAAAAUUUACCGAUUAAUGGCUUAUUUUGUUAAUUAACAAUAUUCAUUAAUCAUAGUACGAUAAUGCAGGGGUACCCAAAACCGUGUGUUGCCACAAUUAAAAUAUUGUGUUUCAUUAUUUGUAUAGCCUGCAAACUGGUACGACCAAACGUAAAGUUUGGGAACCUCUGCAUAACUGCAUUGCACAAGUAUCUCAUCUCAAUUUAAGAUAUUGCAAAGACGAUAUUGUAAG